AUGCUAAAAGAUAUCUCGACGGGUAUCGGAAACGAAGUGCGGGAAUCUACGAUGGAGAUGAAUUCAUUGAAUGACGUGUUUGCGAGUGCUGGUGCUCUGCUGGGAAACACGAUGACCAAGAUGAAUGCUAUGGCUCGGCGCCAAAGAGGAUGGUUUUGUAAUAUGAUGCUAUUCCUGAUCCUGGUUAUCUGGAUUUUUGUCUUCCUUUGGUGGUGGCGCAAAUAA